AUGACUCCGCUUCACUUGACCGCACAAGUGAACGCUUGGGAAAGUGCUGUGGAGUUGCUUCAAGGAAAUACUCUUGGAAGCCCUACAAAAUUGGAUGAAAUCUUGGAAGAAGAGAAUGAGAACGGAGAGUCGGUGUUGCAUUUCGCUGCAAGGAGUGGAUGUCUUAACGUGGUUGAGGAACUGUUGAAAAAGAAAGUAGUUCGUCAAAUCCUCAAUGCGACGGCUGCUGGAAAUCAAACGCCACUUCAUGUUGCUGCUAGAAAUGAUCAUGCUAAAAUCUGUGAGGUCCUUCUCCGGAAAGGAGCCAACCCGUAUGCUCGAGCCGAUGGGAUGACUCCUUUUGAUUUAGCAAUAAUGAUGGGCAGCUUGAACAGUGCUGAAGUUCUUCGAAAGUACUGCAGUGUCAACGGAGAGAGCGUGGCCGUUGACGACGUUGCCGAAAUCAAGGAAGAGGCCACGGUUAACAAGUUGUCAAUGCAGUUGGAUUCGAUACUCAUGCAAGGCAUCAUAUACGAGAAGUUGAUGCGAAACGCCAAAUACAAGAUCAUUGUUGACUUUGCAAAAGACAAAAGUUCAACGAAAAUUGAGGACAAAAACGCUCAACCAAAACGAAUAAAUCUAUACUCAAAUCCAAGUGACGAAUGGGAGGAAUUGUUGCGGAAACGGGACGAAUCGACGAAUCGUUCUAUGGAAACAAGAAUGACCGAAAUGGCUGCUCAUUUGUUAGAGAUGACAAGAAUGCUUAAAGCAAUCCAAGCAAGUCAGCAAGCAAGCCCAGCAGUUCAGCAAGCAAGCCAAGCAGAACGAUCAUCU